CUUUAAGCAAUGUUAUAAUGAUAAAGAAAGAACAGCACGAAUCCAUCAAUAAAUUUGAAAUGGUUUUCAUUGAUGAAGUGGAAAAACAAAAUGAGCUGAUAAGUCAACUUGAACACCUUCCCCAAGGUUAUGAUGUAUCAUCCAGAGAAUUAAGGGACCUCAAAUUGAGCCAGAAGGUGGAUCUACAUAUUCAGGAAAUUCUCAAAGAUUUUUCAGAAGGUGACUCCCACAUCAUAAAGGCUGAAUUUCAACAAGUACUCAGUAAUAGGAAAGAGAUAACCCACUUUUUGGGAGAGUGGUUGAAUACUCAUUUUGAUAUAGAAAAGCUUAAAAGUGGAAUCCAGAAAGAAAACGAUAGGAUUUUUCAAGUGAAUAAGUUCUAUAAUAACAGAAUAAUUACUAUACUGAAUGAAUCAACAGAAUUUGAGGAAAGAAAUGCUACUUUAGCCAAAGAAUGGGAACUUGACCUGAAAUCAAUGAAAGAGGAAAAUGAAAAACUGUUUAAAAACUACCAAACUUUGAAGAUCUCUCGGACACCUGGUGCCCUUGCUAAUCCUACUACACAAGACGAUAAGAAUCUUCAUGUUACAUCGAGAGACACACAGCCAAUCACAGAGAAAAUUCAAGAGCUGGAAGCUUCACUGCAUGAAGCUAAAGAACGUGCUAUGCAUAAGGAAGGCAAGAGUAUAAACAUGCAGAAAGAACUUCAGAUGACUUAUGAUGUAAUAUCAAAACUACAAGCACAAGUUAAUGAAUCAAAUAAAUGUCUUGAGAAAACAAAAGAAAUGACCCAAGAACUUCAGGACAAAGUUGCUUUAGGAGCCAAACCCUAUAAAGAAGAAAUUGAAGAUCUCAAAAUGAAGCUGGUGAAAACAGAUCUAGAGAAUAUGAAAAUUGUCAAGGAGCUUGAAAAGGAAAUAGCUUCUACAAAAGCCACUGUAGAAUAUCAAAAAGAAGCUAUAAGGGUAUUGAGAGAAAAUCUUAGAAGAAAUCAACAAGCCCAAGAUACCUCAAUUGGACUAGAAGUUAAUGAUUCUAAACCUUCCAAUAAACCCCUCACAUGUGGGGGUGGCAGUGGCAUUGUACAAAGCACAAAAGCUCUUAUUUUGAAAAGUGAAAAUGUACGACUAAAAAAGGAAAUUUCUAAAUUGAAGCAGCAAAAUGAACAGCUAAUACACCAAAAGAAUGAACCAUUAAGCAAUAAUCAUCAUCUUUCCAAUGAGGCUCUCAAAGAUGUAACUUGUGAGAAUUCUCCAAAGACUCCAAAAAGAACAGCUUCUGAAAAGAGACACCGAACACCUUCUCAGUGCAAGGAGCAGAAUUUACAAGAUCCUGUGCCAAAGGAAUCACCAAAAUCUCGGUUUUUUGACAGCCGGUCGAAGUCCUUUCCAGUACCCCAUCCAGUUCGCUAUUUUGAUAACUCAGGUUUAGGCCUUUGUCCAGAAGAGCCAGCUGCUGGAGGGGAGAAUGUGGAUCCUCAGUCAGGUGCUUGUCAGGCCUUCUCAGAAAAGGACCUGCCCGAGUGCAAGAUGCAGUAGUCACCUGUCACUUUUCCGGGCCCCGCAUUCCUCGGCUGUUACUUCAUGUGUCUACGCCUGGCGAUUAUGUCGCAGUCCAACUUAAUUUCAAUUCUGUUUUAGUUUUGCCACUAGAUUGAAAGGUGAAGGAACAGGAGAUUGAGGCAUUCUAGUAGUUUAGGUGAUAGAAAUGUCGUCGUCUUGAAUGUCAUACUAAGAAGUGGAACUGUCUUAUUUAUUUAUAUAUUUUUAAAGAAUAAAGUUAUUGAAGGAAACAUUUAAUCUAAAUUAAUAUCCAUUUUUAUUACUGUAGCAUUAUCCACAUGGAACUUAACAAAAUUAUGAAUUCUUUGUUUAGUGCCUUGAACAUUCAGUCGGUAUUUAAUUAGUACUGAAUCCAACUCCUAUAAUAUUAACUAAUGGUUUUCUGGUAGGAUAUUCAGGAUAUCUUUGGUUCUCCUGUCUCGUUUGUUAAUAUUUAGAAUUUUGCUAAUGGACAAAAUGAAUCGACCAACAAAAUAAGAUCCGAAGCAGGGAGGCAUGGAACAGACUGACAUGCCUCAGUGAGGGGGCAGGGGGACGAAGAGAUGCACCAAGAACUGAUAUCCUGUGGGCACUGGCAAUAGGGGAGUGAAGGCCUGGGUGGGGAG